AUGCCGGAAGGGAACCAAUCGUCUAUCUUGUUUUUCAGGCUCCUUGGGUUUCAAAAUCCCAACAGCCUUAAAGUUCCUCUUUUCUGCUUAUUUCUUGCAAUUUAUAUGUUUAUUAUAUUGGGGAACCUAUUAAUUAUGAUUACGGUUAUAUCAAGCCGAAAACUCCAAUCGCCUAUGUAUUUUUUCCUCAGUCAUUUAUCUCUAUGUGACGUAUUCUUCACAACCAAUAUAAUCCCAACCAUGCUACAUAUAGUAAUGCUGGAUGUGAUCUCUAUGCCUGUGCUUGAGUGCUUCCUACAGUUCUAUCUCUUUGGUUCUUCGACGUCUACAGAAUCUUUUCUACUUACAGUGAUGUCAUAUGACCGGUAUUUGGCCAUCUGUGACCCGCUGCAUUAUUUCACCAUUAUGGACUUUCGUCUCCGACUUCUGUUAGCGAUGGGGUCCUGGGUAUUGGGCUUUGCGCUAACAUUAAUUCCUGGCAUCCUAGUGACCACACUACAGUACUGUGGUCCCAAUGUCAUUGACCAUUUCUUCUGUGACUUGGCUCCUUUCUUAAAAUUGUCGUGUUCUGACGUGUAUGUGGUACAGACAGAAAUCAUUGUCUUUUCGGUUCCUAUAAUCCUCUUACCAUUCCUGUACAUAAUAACCAGCUAUGUCAACAUUUUUGUUAGUAUUAUGAAGAUUUCUUCUACAACCGGAAGAGAGAAAGCUUUUUCUACAUGCAGUUCUCAUUUAACCAUAGUGUGCAUGUACUAUGGGACACUAAUCAUUGUCUAUAUGGUGCCAGCAAAUGGACACUUUUCGAGCCUGAACAAAUCAUUGUCUCUGCUAUAUAUUGUAAUAACACCGUUACUUAACCCUGUGGUAUAUAGUCUACGUAACAAGGAGCUACAGGCUGCUAUGCAGAAAAUAAUUUGCAAUAAAAUUCCAGUCUAA